UUACCACUCGGGCAAAUUACCUUAAUGUCUUCCAGGCUCACAGGUACGCUCCUACUUAAUUGGUUGUCAUGGUAACUUUCGUUUUACAUUCUCGCUUGCACAAAUGAGGGGUGCUCGAUCUAUCGUCAUUCUGUGUACGACUGCGUACGUAUAGUGCAAGCAAAUGAAAAUCUCCAUGUCCAUUACAUAAAGAGAUAAUGCUCAACUGAAUGGGUGCUUAUUAAAUUUAACAAUUAUGACCGCAGCCAAUGUGCAAUAUUGAGGAUUGGUAUUUUUUCUCAUCGAGCGAUCUGCAGUUGUUUGUUCACUACAGUUUGGUGAGGUUUACGAGAAAUCAAAGUUGGAGUUGCGGCCAUGGGUGACGACAGCCUUACACUGACGAUUUUCCAGAGCAUAGUAGGAAGUCUUGGCAUCUGCGGGAACGGCCUGGUGUGCUUAGUGAUUGCUAAGGUCCCCUUCAUGCACACCUUGACCAACGCCUUCAUCUUCAACCAAGCACUGAUCGAUCUCUUCGGAUCCCUGCUGAUUGUGCUGACCAGCCUGGUACCGAUCCCCGACCCGCUACCCUCGGGGACCAGUGGGGUGCUGCUCUGCAGGCUCUGGGUGUCCGGUUACUUCAACUGGGCGCUGUUUGUAUCGUCCACUUUCAACCUGGUGGCGUUGACCCUGGAGAGGUACCUGGCCAUAGUGUUUCCCUUCAGGUACCGAGCUUUGGGUACUCGUAAGAACGCUAUAGUCACAAUCCUCGCUGUCUGGCUGUCGGCGUUUAUGUUCACUAGCUAUGGUGUCUUCAUUCGCUACCAUGAAGCUGGUCAGUGCAGGCAGAAGCUAGUGGCUCAUCCGGAAGCUCUUGGCGUGGCUGUGUUCGUCGUGACGUACCUCCUGCCUGUCACAAUCAUGCUGGUCGUCUACGUGCGCAUCGCGGUGGUCCUGAAGAAGGGAGCGGCGAGAAUCCAGCCCGGACCGGAGGCUGCCGGUCCAUCUACCGGCCAAGCUCCCGAGGGCCCGGGGGAGUCGCUGAUGCGUGCUCGCCGUAACACCUUCAAGACCCUCCUGAUCGUCUGCGUGGCGUUCACUGUGUGCUGGACGCCCAACGAGGUCGCCUUCUUGCUCUUCAACCUGGGCGUGGCAGUGGACCUCACAUCACCUCUCUUCUUCGUCACCGUCGCCAUGGUGUCGACCAACAGCUGUCUGAAUCCUGUUAUAUACGCCAUGAAGUACAAGCAGUUCCGAAAGGCCAUGACAAAAUUCUUUGGUAGGAAGGAUACGACAGGUGAGAACUCGACAGUGGCGACUGUCAGCAUUGGUACUUAUCAGUAA